AUGAGGUCGGAGCCAUCAGACGAUUGCUCACUGAACUGGAGGGCCUGUGAAAGACAUGCCAGUUGCACCAUGAUGCAAAUAUUUUCACUGAAGCUGGCGUAUCCUCCUGCUGGUGACCAAGUUAAGGUGUAUGGAUUCAUGGCUGUCCGGGAUACUCGGGACCAUCUGCGUAACUACAUCUUCAACCGCACAAGAGUGGAACAAGAUGACGGAUUUAUACAGUUGUCCGGACCCAAGAGAGGCAUCUGGUGGUAUGACAAGCAACUUGUUGAGUUCGACAUGAGGAUCAAGAGAGGUGACAAUGAAGCGGAUGAUCCGCAGCUCAUCGAUGGCGCCGUGUGGUUCUACGACGGUUGCUCGCCGCACGCUAAAGUGCUCACGCAACGCAUCGACGGUGACUAUGGCUCGGUGGACAUAAGCUACACGCUCCUACAAACAGCGAUGGAGGCCACGGUGCAGAUUGCUGCGUCGGAGCUGGACAGAGACAUAGGCCUACUUGUAAGGGCGUAUUACGUCAGUGAUCUCUUGCACCAGGGGAUGCAGCUGUUCGAUGGCGUUUUCCCUGCUGAUGCUGCUGCUGGUGUUGCCGACAGGUAUGAGCUAGAUAAGUAUGUGGUCGCUGCUUCCAGGCGUACAAAGUUGGCUCUGCAACUGAGGAUCCGUUCUUUGGAUGAUGAUGUUGAUGCUUGGAGAUAUUGUCUCAGCCCAGCCAGUAAGCAUGGAACUGACGACUUCAGUUUCGCUCUCAGUUUCGCGACCAUUGAUGUCAAGAUCUCUUGGUCAACAUUGGACUAG